GUUAAUUGCUGGAGAACAUAACCUAUAUCAUACGAAAUGGCUGAAGAAGAGAGGCAGGCGAAGGAUGACAAACUUAAACCAAUUUUCCGGGAUCUCACGGCUGAGGACCCAGAACCUGAAACCACUCAAAUUGAAAGUCUUUGUAUGAACUGUGGGGAAAAUGGCAUCACAAGAUUAUUGCUUACAAAAAUACCAUAUUACAAGGAUGUUGUGCUUAUGUCUUUUGAAUGUGAACAUUGCGGAUUUCAAAACAAUGAAAUACAAAGUGGUGGGAAGAUCGCUGAAAAGGGAAUUAGGCAAACAUUAAAGGUGUCUACACCGAGAGACUUAAAUAGACAAAUAGUCAAAUCAGAUUACACAAGCGUUAAAAUUCCAGAACUUGACUUUGAGAUCCCUGCUCAAUCUCAAAAAGGAGAAAUCACAACAGUCGAAGGCAUCAUUAACAGAAGUAUUGCUGGAUUGGAACAGGACCAAGAGCAACGUAGGAAAGAGAACCCAGAAACAGCAAUUGAAAUUGAUUUAUUCCUGUCUAAACUAAGAGCCCUUAAACUCCUGGAGGAACCGUUCACUAUAACUCUAGAAGAUAUCACUGGAAAUUGUUACAUAGAGAAUCCGAACGCUCCAUUGAAAGACAAUCAAUGCACAAUCACUCACUUUACACGAUCUGAAGAACAAAAUCACAUGCUAUGUAUUUUCCCAGAGAACGAUACAGCUCUUCUCAAACCUCUUGAAGAGGGCGAAUUUACAUAUGAUCAGCUACAGGGUGAAGUUCUGUCCUUCCCCACAAAUUGCCCUGAAUGCAACAGUCCUUGCGAAACCAAUAUGAAAAUGACCAACAUUCCACACUUCAAGGACGUUGUCAUUAUGGCUACCAACUGCGAGAGGUGCGGUCACAGGACAAACGAAGUUAAGAGCGGAGGUGGAAUCGAACCUUUAGGCGUGAGAAUAGAAGUUAAGGUGACUGGUAAAGAAGAUUUUAGUAGAGAUCUUCUAAAAUCAGAGACCUGUAGCAUGGAAAUUCCGGAACUUGAGAUGGACGUCGGACCUGCUGCUCUGGGCGGUCGAUUUACUACGGUGGAGGGAGUCAUAGCAGCGACGAAAGAUCAAUUAUUAUCAUCCACAGCUUUUACCGGUGACAGUAGCGACCCAGAGGUAUCAAGAAGAAUGGAUUACUUCAUAUCCCAGCUACAAGAUGUGUUGGAUGGCAAAAAAGAGAUUUCUCUUAUUCUUGACGAUCCAGCCGGAAACAGUUACAUUCAGAGUCUUUCAGAUGAUGGACCGGAUGACAGAUUAAAGAUAACAAAAUACGAAAGGAACUAUGAACAAAACGAAGAACUUGGACUCAACGACAUGAAAGUUGAAAACUAUUAAAUAUCCUUUUAAAGACGUAUAAUAAUUCUAUAAAUUAUAUUCGAGAAGGCUUAAAAAUUUUAGCUACCAAGUACAAACCGAAGGAUUCGAUUAUCAGCAGAACGUUGAGUUCAAAAUGAUUUGACCUAAAAUUAAUCUUGUGUUUCACUAAUGCAGCAAGGUUUAUCAAUCAAUUAUAAUAAAAAAUAGUUUCAUGAAAAA